GGCAGCUGGGCAACUUUUCCUUUGCACAGGUUUUGAUAAAUCGCACCCCAUGUUCCCAAAUAUGUUGUAUAUUGAGCCCAAAUGAACUGGAACUUAUUGUGGUUAUUUUCACUUAUAUGUACUCUAGCUUAUUUUUUUUAAAACAUUUGUUGACAUGUACAUUAUAUUGGAAGCCACUGAAGUGCAAGGAGGAUCAGAUUUGAAGCCCCAUACUAAGUAUAAUCCUGCAGAAGACGUAGCUGCUUUGCAAAAGUCUCUUACUGGAAAGGACAUCGAUAAAGUAAACAUUAUUAACAUCAUAAGUAGCAGAACCAAUGAACAGCGGCAAGAAAUGAAAGCAGCUUACAAAGAAAAAACAGGAGAGUCUCUGGAAGAUGCUCUAAAGAAAGCUUUCAGUGGUAAACUUGAAAAGUUUCUCCAGGAUAUGAUGAAAACCCCAGCUGAGUUUGAUGCUGCUGAACUAAAAGCUGCAACAAAGGGUGCUGGGACAACUGAAGACACACUCAUUGAAAUUUUGGCCACAAGAACAAAUCAGGACAUCAAGAAGAUGAAAGAAGUCUACAAAACAGUAUAUAAAACUGAUGUUGAAACGGAUAUCACAGAGGAUACAUCUGGAGAUUUUCAGAAGGCUUUGCUGGUUCUCUUAAAGGGGGAACGUAGUGAAGACUGCUAUGUCAAUGAAGAUGAAGCUGAAAAAGAUGCCAAGGCACUGUUUGAAGCUGGAGAAAAUAAGAAAAAGGCUGAUGUAGAUGUAUUUAUAACAAUUUUUACCUCAAGAAGCUAUGCACAUUUAAAUAAAGUAUUUCAAAACUAUUCAAAGUUAAGCAAACAUGACGUAAACAAGGCUCUGGAUUUGAAGCUGAAGGGAGAUAUUGAGAGCUGCUUGGUGGCGAUUGCAAAAGUUGCUGAAAGCAAACCGCGCUACUUUGCGGAAAAGCUACACCAUGCAACAAAGGGGUUGGGAACUCGUAACAAAGUAGUUAACAGGAUAAUGAUUUCACGACAGGAAAUUGACAUGAAAGCCAUUAAAGCUCAGUUUAAAGAGAUCACUGGCAAAUCUCUACGUGAUGUUCUCAUGGAGGAAACUAGUGGUGACUAUGAGACCGCACUUGUUGCCCUCUCUGGCUAUGAUGAGUAAUAAUGCAAUAGAAACUCGGAUGGUAAAAAAAAAAUAACAAUCUUCAUAAUCCUCAAUACAAGUAAUGUGGAAAAAGUUAUAGAUAGACCUUGACUAGCUCUAGUGUCUAAAUAUAUUAUUAACAAAAGAAGGUACCAAAUGGAAAAUGUAAUGGAUGCUGAUUUUUUUUCUUGUAAAAUAAAGUUUAUA